AUGACGAGUAACGCGUCUGCCUCCACAGCAAAGCCGCCGCGGCCGCGGUCCCCACACUUCCCACCGCACAACGCUCCACGCGUCUGGUUUAUCACGAGAGGAGUGUCCUCAAUCGCCAUUGCGUUGGCGAAGCAGGUUCUGGAACACGGCGACUACGUGGUAGCAGGCGUUGUGCCAGUCGAGUUUGAGAAGGGCGAAGGCCAGUGUGAGGAUUUCAAAGCAUUCCUUGAGGUAGUGAAAGACACCGAAAGAUGGCGAGAACGCUUAAGAGUUGUUGGGUUGGACGCGAGGGUUGUUGGCCAAUGCCAAGCGGCUGUUGCUGAGGCUAUUGAGGCGUUCGGCCGGAUCGAUGUCUUGCUCUGCGCAGCCAGCGAAGCCGUCAUUGGGACUGUCGAAGAACUGGCGCAAAGCAGCCGAACAAUCAGCCUUGUGGAUGAGAUCUUUGAGAUCAACUUCUUCGCUAACGUGAACAUCAUCAAAGCUAUACUGCCUGUGAUGCGGGAAAGGAAGAACGGCCACAUGAUUGUGAUCACUGGAAUUACUGGCCACCUUGGAACUCCGGGACUCGGUCUGUACUGUUCAUCGCAAUGGGCUAUCGAGGGCUAUUGUGACAGCCUCGCCUAUGAGAUUGCACCCUUCAACGUCAAAAUGUCUAUCGUUCAGGCCAACAUGGAGGUCAAUGUGCUUACCAACAGGAUCACUUCAGUUCCACCGAUGCGGGAGUACCUACAAGAAGAGAACCCGGCACCGCUGGCUCGAGAAAUCUUCUCUGGCCUCCUCGACAGGCUCGACAGUAUCGAGAACCCACGUGAGACUGCAGAUGCGACAUCGCCUACAUACAGUACUUCCACGAUGAGCCCCGAAGGAGCCAUGGCUGAGUCCACUAUGGGUGACCUGCUGAGUGCCGACACAAUCACCUCGCUCUAUGCACCGUUGCCCUCCGGACUGAAAAGCUCGCUGAUCGCUGAGACAGUCCAUGCUCUCACCGCGAUUGGAGGGCAUGACAAUCCACCUGCAAGGCACAUUGUCGGGUCUGAGGGCGUGACAGCGGUGAAAGAAAAGUUGAUGACGACAAGUGAGGAGCUGGAGGAUUUUAUCGAGGUCAGUAACGCUGUUGACAUUGCAAAGGACUAUCAGUCUGUGGAACCCUCAGCGUUUGACUAG